AUGCUCACAAGGGUCCCAAUUCUCCUCAUUCUGGCUUUAAUCGUCGCGUUGGCAGUGUGCCAGGAGCCUGAGAAGCCCGAGAAGCGGCCAGCACUCCUGUCACGUUACGGUCGUGCGGUGCUGCCACGUUACGGUAAACGAUCGAUGGAUUCGAAUAUGAACGGUCAAGGAUCAAUGAUGACGGAAGACAACUCUGACGUCGUGUGCCAACUCAUCGACGGAAAGUACAUCUGCCUUCCGGUGGAUGCCGUUCGGUUCCGCCCGUUCUUUGUUUAA